GAAUGAUGAACUAGGCCCAGGAGAUGCUGAAAUUUUGUAAUAAAGACGUCAUAUCACAUACCUUCGAGCAUCCACCUGGCAACUUGCCUUCCAUUUUCAGCAUGCUGGACAGCAGUAAUCAGCCUCAUUGCAACAGCGAGCUCAUAGGAGAACAGCUGCAGCAGAAAGUCUCUCAGUUGCAGGAUCAGCUGGAUGCUGAGCUGGAGGAGAAGAAAAAAGUCUUACUUGAGCUGUCUAGAGAGAAAGCCCAAAACAAGGAUCUGAAGCUUGAAGUCACCAACAUGCUUCAGAAGCAUAAACAGGAAGUAGAGCUCCUCCAAAAAACAGCCACGAUUUCCCAAAAUCCUGACAGCCAAUCUGAACCAGCUGCUCACCCAACUGUAUUCCAAGAGACCACUCAGAUAGAGCCCAGUGAACCAAAAAACCAAGAAGAAGAGAAACUGUCCCGGAUGUUAAGUGUGUUGCAAGUAUCACAUGCAGAGACCACAUUGGAACUAGAAAAGACCAGAGACAUGCUUAUUCUUCAGCGCAAAAUCAACGUGUGUUAUCAGGAGGAACUGGAGGCCAUGAUGAUGAGAGUUGAUAAUGAAAAUAGAGAUCACAAAGAAAAACUGGCUAGGUUGAGUCAACUCCUAGACCUCAAGAACAACCGUAUCAAGCAACUGGAAGGUAUUUUAAGAAGCCAUGGCCUCCCAACAUCUGAACAGCUCAAAGAUGUUGCUUAUGGCACCCGACAGUUGUCAUUAUGUCUGGAAACACUGCCAGCCCAUGAAGAUGAGGAUGGAGUGGACAUUUCUCUGCUGCAUCAGAGCGAGAAUCUUUUUGAACUCCACAUCCACCAGGCCUUCCUGACAUCUGCCGCCUUGGCUCAGGCUGGAGAUACACAACCUACCACUUUCUGCACCUAUUCCUUCUAUGAUUUUGAAACCCAUUGUACCCCACUGUCUGUGGGACCACAGCCCCUCUAUGACUUCACCUCCCAGUAUGUGGUGGAGAUAGAUUCUCUUUUCUUGCAAUACCUUCAAGGGGCUUCAGCCCGGCUUGAUCUAUACCAGGCUGUGGCCAGUGAACACAACACCCUUGCAGCUGGAUGGAUAUGCUUUGACAGGGUGCUAGAGACUGUAGAAAAAGUCCAUGGCUCAGCUACACUUACUGGAGUUGGUGGAGAAGAAUUUGGGAUGCUAGAGUACUGGAUGAGGCUGCGUUUCCCCAUAAGACCCAGCCUACAGGCAUGCAUUAAACGAAAGAAAGCCCAGGUCUACCUGUCAGCCAAUGUGCUUGGAGCCUGGGAGGCCCAGGAGGAUGAGUCCAGAUCAGAGACUUGGAAACCUCAGAAUGAACUGCGGAUUGAAAUCACCAGGUGCUGUGGCCUCCAGAGUCGACGGCUGGGAACUCAGCCUAGUCCAUAUGCCAUAUACCGCUUCUUCACCUUUUCCGACCAUGACACUGCCAUCAUUCCAGCCAGUAACAAUCCUUACUUUAGAGACCAGGCUCGAUUUCCAGUGCUUGUGACCUCUGACUUGGAUCAAUAUCUGAGGCGGGAGGCCCUACGUAUAUACGUUUUUGAUGAUGAAGACUCGGCGCCUGGCUCAUACCUUGGUCAAGUCCAAGUGCCCUUGCUGUCUCUUGCACAAAACAAAUCUAUUAAAGGUGAUUUUAACCUCUUCGACCCUGUGGGAAAACCCAAUGGAUCUAUUCAAGUACAACUGGAUUGGAAGUCUCCCUACAUACCCCCUGAGAGCAUUCUGAAACCAGAAGCUCAGCCUAAAGAGAAUGACACCGAAGGCAAUUCAGAGAUCUCAUCUGAUGAGGAAAAGUCUUCCUUUCCUUCAGAGGACCAGAUGGCAUCUGCUGAGAUUCCCAUUGAAGCUGGCCAGUAUCAAACAAAGAGAAAACCUCCUCAGGUGGGAGAAAGAAAGGAAAAGGAACAUCAGGUUGCAAGCUACUCAAGAAGAAAACAUGGCAAAAGAAUAGGUGUUCAAGGAAAGAACAGAAUGGAAUAUCUUAGCCGUAACAUCUUAAAUGGAAAUACAUUACAACAGGUGAACUAUACUGAAUGGAAGUUCUCAGGGCUUAAAAUCUCUACAGAUGAUGGUUUUGAAAAUCAGCAUGAGAAAGAAGAAAUGGCAAUAUCCCAUUCACCACUGAAACAGAAGGAACCCCUGCAUCCUAUAAAUGGUAAAGAAUCAUGUGAACAAGCUUCUGAAGUCAGUGAAGCACGAACUACAGACAGUGAUGACAUAGUGAUACCUGUGUCUCAGAAAUGUCCUAAGGCAGGUUCAGAGAAGAUGUGCAUUGAAGUUGUCUCCCUGGCCUUCUACCCAGAGGCCGAAGUGAUGUCUGAUGAGAACGUAAAACAGGUGUACGUGGAGUACAAAUUCUAUGACCUACCCUUGUCAGAGACAGAGACUCCAGUAUCCCUGAGGAAACCGAGGCCAGGAGAAGAAAUUCACUUCCAUUUUAGCAAGGUGAUAGACCUGGACCCACGGGAGCAACAAGGCCGAAGGCAAUUUCUGUUUACCAUGCUGAAUGGACAAGAUCCUGAGCAAGGAUGUUUAAAGUUUACAGUCGUAAGUGAUCCUAUGGAUGAAGAGAAGAAAGAAUGUCAAGAAGUAGGAUAUGCAUACCUUGAACUGUGGCAGAUACUGGAAUCAGGAAGAGAUAUUCUAGGGCAAGAGCUAGAUAUUGUUAGCCCUGAAGACCAGGCUACCCCAAUAGGAAGGCUGAAGGUUUCCCUUCAAGCAGCUGCUGCCCUCCACGCUAUUUACAAGGAGAUGACUGAGGAUUUGUUUUCAUGAAGGAACAAGUGCUAUUCCAUUCCAAAAUCUCUGAGGAAAACAUAGUAAAAAGUCUCUUAUAAAGUAACUUGCUAUACCA